AUGGAAGCGAGCGUCUCUAUAUGGGACUUUGAAGAGUCAGGCGCAGCAUCUAACUUGGGUGGGAUCAAGCACAAGAACGACUUGUCCAAGCUUGAGGAAGCCCUAAAGGAGGGCUCACAGCCGUAUGCUAGAACAGGUCGACAACGUUUGUUUAUCGUGCAAACCCCAUCACAAUGCAAUGGACGUCAUCCAUCGGCCACCUGCAGGCCUUGCCAGGCCGGUCAUAAACUCAGACAAGUGCUAGAGACAAGCCUACACAUGCCACAGGACAUGCUCAAUAUCCAUCAGUGGAACAAUACAACAUUUCGCUUCAACGAGACCAUCAACUGCCCGAGACUUCCAACGAUUUGUAAUCCGAGGAGGAGAUUCUCGAUUGAAUAUUUCGAAAUGUGGCAGAUUACAAGCCAGAAGUCCUUCGAUCACUAUAUGAAGAACGCGAAGAAUAGCAUUGUGCAGUGCGCAGCAACAGGGAGAGAUCUCCAGUGUCAUAAAUGGAGCAAGACUUCUGAAUGGCUUCUCAUCGCGCCGCGAAAGUGUUCAUUCUGGUCCGAAAGACACGGCUACGGCUGGAAUGCUGUGAUUCUGUGCGACCCUCCUCCCAGAAAGGUCAUGAUCAACGGGCUGGAGAUCGACGUGGCUACCAAAAUCUUCGAAGGCGGCUAUCAUGGAUUCAUACCUGAUCACGUCCGUGGUGCAAGAAUCGAGGCUCCACCACACACAUCCCUUUUCGACGACAUAAACUACUACAUCCGAGAACAUUCCGCUGUAUUGGGACCCGUCACAGAGCCAGAGUCAGCGGCAGUAUUCCUCAGGAAGAUCGCCGCCAGCCACUAUUGCCAGUUGUUGGGCUUUGUCAGCCAUCAGACCGCGUCCAUGCGAUCCUCAGGGUGGGCGGUCCAGCGCCGGACACAGCAGGAAAUCGACGAAGCCAGCCAGGUCGAGAGCGCGUGGAGCCACUUUAAGUGUCCAGAAUACUUCGAGGCACUCAGCCACGUGCUGGACUGCUUUGGCAUUCCGCAUGGGCAUGAACCGUACGAGCACUUUGAUGUGGACGCAGAGGGUUUUCUCGAUGCCUCUCGGCGACACACGAACAUGAACAAUAGCCCAGUCCAUUCUCCUGGGCACGCAGACUGGCGGACAUCAACUCCAGAUCUUCUCUACCUUCAUCGGGAGUUCCGCUUGCGUCUCGCAGACUACGCCCGCAUGACAUCGUCUCUAGCAGCGCUCAACGGCAUGAUCGGCGGUCGUCUCUCGAUCCUGGAGGCCCGCACGGCUAGAACGCUGACUCUGGUGGCCAUGCUGUUCGCACCCCCGGCUUGUGUGGCAUCAAUCUUCAGUAUACCCACGGAUAUAUUCGGACAGGAAGGAGGGCCGCCCUUUUGGUGGUACUGGGCUGCUACUGUACCGCUCACAGUGAUAGUGUUUCUUCUAACUUACUUGGUUCAUGAAAGAGAUUUUGUGAGGCGCGUAUGGAAUGCAAGGAAGCCGAGGGUGAACGGUCAAGGCAUCGAGGAUGAGAAGGCAAAGGAUUACGGAGAUUACAACGCGUGA